ACUGCUCUUUUACCCUACCUUUCCUCACACAUCUCUAUCUCUUUCAUCUAUCUCUUUCACCUAUAACAUUAUCAUCAUCAUCAUCAUCUUCUUCUUCUUCUUCUUCCUUAUCAUCUUCAAAACCAACCUUCAUAUCUCUCCCUCCCUCCCUCCUCAAAAUCUCUUGAAAAUCAUUAUAGUUUAAUUUCUUUUUGUUUUCUCUCUAGUUUUCUUGUUUCUCUUCUCUAAUUUAUUUUCAAACACCACUAAAGAUCCAAUCUAGAAAAAAAAAAUACUACAUAACAAUGAAUUCUUUUCAAGAAUUUGAAUCCUUAUCAAACAACAAAGAAAUGAUGAACACAAACCCUACCAUGAACAUAACAAACACAUCAUCAUCAUCAUCAGCCAUGAUGGCCAUAUCAACAUCAUCUUCAACAUCAGCAUCUUCAUCAUCAACAACAUCACCACCAUCAAUAUCCACAACAACAUCACCAAGUAGAUAUGAGAAUCAAAAAAGAAGAGAUUGGAACACAUUUGGACAAUACCUAAGAAACCAUAGACCACCACUAUCACUCUCACGUUGUAGUGGAGCUAAUGUUCUUGAAUUCUUGCGAUAUCUCGAUCAAUUCGGAAAAACUAAAGUUCAUACACAGAUUUGUCCCUUUUAUGGUCACCCAAAUCCACCUGCACCUUGUCCUUGUCCUCUUCGCCAAGCAUGGGGAAGCCUUGAUGCACUCAUAGGGAGACUUAGAGCUGCUUUUGAAGAGAAUGGUGGGAAACCGGAAGCUAAUCCUUUUGGCGCUCGUGCUGUUCGACUUUACCUUCGUGAAGUUAGGGAUGUGCAAGCUAAAGCUAGAGGUAUUAGUUAUGAGAAAAAGAAGCGAAAGCGUCCUCCUCAGCCGCCACCACCACCACCAUCAAAUGCUACUACAAGUGAUUUAUGAUCACUAGUUGUGUGAGAUUGGUGAUGUGGAAUAUGCAAUGGAGAAACUGCAGUUGAAGCUGAUCAGGAGUGUAGCAGCAGUGAGAUAGAGAGUAAGUAAUUGGAAGUAAGCUGUUAAGUAUAUAGCAGCAUACUAGUAAGUAAAGGAUUGUGUGACCAAUUAUUCAAAGGUCCAUUUUGUAAUAAAUAUAUGUUUGUGUACUGAAGGUGGGUCAUUUAUGAUUCAGUAAUGGAUUUGCAGAUCAUGUUAC